AUGACCAAUAAAGUUGAAAUAAUAAUAACACUAUACGAUGAAUUAGCUGAAAAGCUAAGUCUCAAACAGACGCAUAAGCAACACCGAUUUGCUAGAGACGGUCAAGUACCAGGUUAUCUAUCAGGUGAUAAAUAUAAAUGUCUCUGUAUAAUUCUCUACUCUGCAAUCAAGGAGCAUCAAUUGGCGCAUGCGCCCGUGACGUCAGCGCGUCUCGCCCCGCACACAAACAGUGGGGCAGCACACGUUCCGUGCCGUCACCCUGCGCCCAUUCGCUUCAACAAAAUUUAUGAAACAGUCCCCGUACCUAUGUUACUCACUUUUACCCAGGUUCACCGGCGAGACCGAUCUCUUUAA